UGUAACUUGUUUCAAUGAACUUCAAGAUUUUAUUUAAAAUGCAUCCUGACAGAUAAACCCAAGGUUGUCCUGAGUGUCUCUCCUCAGUGGAUGAAGCCUGGAGACUUAGUGACUCUGAACUGUGAAGUUAAAGAGUCGUCUACAGGCUGGAGGUUCUCCUGGUACAAGACUGUUCCCUACAGAGCUGGGUUACCCUCUCUAUUGGACAAGUCCUACUCUGUAAAGCCCCUAUCUGGAAAUGGGGCUACUGAAGAGUCUUACACUCUGAGUCCUGCUGGUCCUACUUACACAGGAGGGUAUGUGUGUAGAGCUGGGAGAGGAGACCCAGUCUAUUGCACAGACUAUAGUGAACCUCAGUUUCUCUGGUCAGGAGACCUGCAGCCUUCAUGGUCUCUCAGAAUAAAUCCCAACACAACUCAACACUUCUCAUCAAAGUCUCUCUCACUGACAUGUGAUCUGAAGGGGAAAUCGAGUGGAUGGAGACUUAUGAGAUACACAGAGACAGGAGUGGAGUCAGGGUGUUCCCCUAACUGGGGAUCAAUAACAGGGUCCACAUGUACCAUCACCUCCACAGACACAGGGGACAGUGGAGUGUACUGGUGUGAGUCUGGAUCAGGACAGUACAGUAAUGCUGUCAACAUCACAGUGUCUGAUGGUGAUGUGAUCCUGGAGAGCCCUGCCCAUCUUGUUACUGAAGGAGACUCUUUAACUCUGCGCUGUAAAUGUAGAAAUCAAAGAAGCACUAAUUAUAAGGUGGACUUUUACAAAGAUGGAGGACUGAUCAGGCAGGAAAGAACAGGAGAGAUGACCAUUUCUGCAGUAAUGAAGUCAGAUGAAGGCUUCUAUAAGUGUAAUUCUGAUCAAAGAGAUUCACCUGAGAGCUGGGUGACAGUGAGAGGUUCCCCUUCUAACAGAAUAUUCUGGCCCAUCCAUCCCCAGAGCACCAACCAGGACCCCCAACAGGACCAAGGAUCUACCCAGGUUCAGUCUCCUGAUGCUGGAUAUACAGGUGUGGCUGAGAUUCUGUUGAUCCACAAGAGAGUGGGGGAAUCUGUGGAGCUGCCUGGUCACUCAGAGGAGUUUGGUGUAACAUUAGCGGCAUGGACAUAUCAAGGAAAGGAAAUUGCAGAACACAAGCAAAAUGUUACAUAUCCACUUGUAUCCCAGUUUGAGGGGAGACUAGAGAUGAACCCCAAAAACUUCAGUUUAACAGUCAGAGAUCUGACACUGCAAGACUCAGGGGUUUUUAUACUUACUAGCGAUGGGGCCAAAGGUCAGAUUCCAUCUAAGAGCAUUACUCUGAAGGUCCAUGAGCCUGUCUCCAACUUGGUGAUCUAUAAGAAAAUCCAGCAAUUGGCUAAUCGCUCCUGUUCAGUUCAGAUGAUGUGCAAUGCAUCUAGCAGCUCCAACCUCAACUAUAUCUGGAAGAGAGGAAAUGAGAUGUACAGGGGCGACCAGCAGAUGCAGUUCAUUCUCUCACCAGGAGAGGGAGAUCACAAUUUAAUAUGCAACGCCUCCAACAUAGUCAGUGAGCAAUCUGCCUCUACAACUGUGAGCUGUAGUAAUGAAACAAAUCCAACAGAGACGUUGUGGUACAUUGGAGUUGGAAUUCCAGUAGGUGGGGCUGUGGCAGGGAUCCUCAUUGUUGCAGUGGUAAUGAUCCUCACUGAAGGUGUGGUUGUAUACAAACGCAAAGGUAAUAACACAGAUGAUCAAAUGGAAAUUACAGUCUAUACAGAUGUGGGUGACAUUGCAAAAAUGAAAGAUACCAGAUCAAACAGUGAUGUAAACCCAAUGUCUAUAUAUGAGACAGUUGAUGACCAAAAUAUCCCAAGACUAAAUCCGCAACAGACUGUUUGACCGAAUCACAUUUGAACGUCCAGAUCCUCAUUCUUCCUAACUGUGAGAUGAACAGGAUGUCAUCUAAGACGCACAUUCUUCCUAUCAAACAGUACUGUGAACUGAAGAGAAAGUAAUCUGAGAUGUGGUCAUUGAUUUAUCAUUAAAAUAGAAUCCUCUGCAUUGUCGGCAUCCUGCAUAAUAAUGUAGGCCUACAUUCUGUAGAUAGGGUUGAGCGAGUACUCGGGUGAAACAAGUAUCCGGUACAUUGUUCAAGCUCAAUUUGAUAAUCUGCUAAACAAGAUAAUUAAAGUGGCUAUAGUAGCCUACCUAACCAAGUCAAAAACACAUUUAGUAGAUAGCUAACUAUUGUUGUUAGCUAGCAUUGUAUCAAACUACUGUACAGUGUGAAGCAUUCUGCUCUAACUUAGCUGAAUCACCAGCACCUGUUUUCCACAAUUAUACUAGGCUAUCUCAUUCAACUGUGCAGAUAUAAGUAGAAAUCCUGCUCCUAGCAUCAUUUUUGGAGUUGAUGUCCGGGUAGCAGUAGGCCGUAUGCAGUUUGGUCGUAUAGAGCAGGUUCUCUAAAGCAGGGCUAUUUAAUUCAGGUUCUAGAGGGCCGAAACAUUUCUGGCUUUAUCCUUUACUUACUAUAUGGAACUGAUUCAGAUCUGAGAUUUCAGAUGAAGGCAAUCAGCUAGCAGGUAGAACCAUAAACCAGAAGUGUUUCGGCCAUCCAGGACCAGAUUUGAAUAGCCCUGCUCUAGAGACUGAAAACAUUAUUUUAUCCUCCCUGCUUCCAUCUGUAUACCUUACAAAAGCACAUAUGCGUCAAAUACGGAAAAAUAUGUAACGCUUGAUGUUUUCAGAUACGUCAACAUUUUGAGUAUGUUAUUUUCUGUCAGAAGACCUGUACAUACUUUUUGGUACUUGAUGCACAUGGAACCAGGGAGGAGAUAAUUUUUGCUGUCUAUAAAACAUGCUCUAUACGACUAAAGUAGGGCCUUCCUACCAGAGCAUCAACAAAUUUUUGCUGCCGUUUAAUAGCGGAUUAGCUGCCGUGUGACUAUUCUCACCCGGGUGCAAAUAGACACUCCAUUAUUGGCUUUAGCAGAUUAUAAAAUUCUGCUUGAACGAUGUAGAUUUGACUGUAAAUAAUGCAACGUUUGAUAAACAUGCAAUUUUUUGUAUUAGUUGGCUCGUUGCCAUGUACUAUUUUCAUUGGGAACUUGAAUUUCCGUCGUACCACUGCAAAACCACAAACAAGUAGAAAAUAUUGAAAGCAUGCGUUACACCAAACACACCGCAAUGCAACAUUGUAUCAGAAAUGUACCUUUUCAGAUUGUUUCAUUGACAAUGAAUGACUUCCGGCGCAACGCAAUAAGUUUGUGUAUCUGGUGAACAUCAGGCAUACCCUAAACAUUCACUCACUGCAUGCAAGUCCAUUAAUAUAUUUUUGAAAUUAUUUUAAAUGACAAAGAGAAGCGUGUGUCUAUAGAGACAACUAUUACAGUU